UCAGGGCACAGCGCACCCAAAGUUCCGAAAACAGGGAGCGCUCUCUCUCCACCUGUUCUGUUCGCAUCCUGGUGUCAGAAGGCAGCAAAAAUGAAAAGCAUUUACUUUGUGGCUGGAUUGUUUGUAAUGCUGGUGCAAGGCAGCUGGCAACGUUCCCUUCAGGACACAGAGGAGAAAUCCAGAUCAUUCCCGGCUCCCCAGACUGAUACACUCAAUGAUUUGGAUCUGAUGAAUGAAGACAAGCGCCAUUCACAGGGCACAUUCACCAGUGACUACAGCAAGUAUCUGGACUCCAGGCGUGCCCAGGAUUUUGUGCAGUGGUUGAUGAACACCAAGAGGAACAAGAAUAACAUUGCCAAACGUCAUGAUGAAUUUGAGAGACAUGCUGAAGGGACCUUUACCAGUGAUGUAAGUUCUUAUUUGGAAGGCCAAGCUGCCAAGGAAUUCAUUGCUUGGCUGGUGAAAGGCCGAGGAAGGCGAGAUUUCCCAGAAGAAGUCACCAUCGUUGAAGAACUCCGACGCAGACAUGCUGAUGGCUCUUUCUCUGAUGAGAUGAACACGAUUCUCGAUAAUCUUGCCACCCAGGACUUUAUAAACUGGUUGCUUCAGACCAAAAUUACUGACAGGAAGUAAGUAUGUCACUGCUUAAGAUCAUCUUCACAUCACCUGCCAGCCAUGUGGGAUGUUUGAAAUUUUAAGUUCUGUAAAUUUAAGAGGUGUAUUCUAAAGCCAUAUUGCUUUGCAUGCCAAUAAAUAAAUUUUCAUUUAACACUGUGUAACCAAAAAGAUUAUAAACAGAAUAAACCAUUGUCAAAAUAUUGCUAACAUAAGAGCUUUAAAAUAUGGAAGUACAGAGUUCUCUUAUUUUCUUAUUUUGGAUGAAGUACCCCAACCUGCUUCCACUUAGCAAAGAAAUUGUUUUUCUGUAAUAGUAUUUGUAUAUAUAAAUUACUCCAAUCAUGACAUGUCAGCAUUAUAAUAAUAGGAUAAAGGAAGGACUGGUAGUCACAGUUGUGAAACAAAAGAGAACUUUCUUCUUAAAACUUUUGUCAUAAAAAUGCUCAGCUUUCAAUAUAUCAAAGAUAGACUUAAAUAAAAUUUUCAAGCUUCUUCA